UUAGUUUAGUUCAGUCGAGAGCUCAUAGAGUCUAAUCUCUCCUUUCCUUCGACAAAAUGACCCUUCAACUUUUUCGAAUUGGCAUUCUGAUUAUGUUAAUUUGUAUCAGCAAAACACAACAAUGCACUCCAAAAAACAUUUCCUGCAACGAUGUUAACAUGGCUAAGGGAUUCACGUUCUUAUAUCUGUGUCCUGAGGGAGGAGAGAUUUCUGUGUAUGAUAACAAGACUCUGAUUGCUCAUACUGUGCAUGGCACUCAGUCGUAUAGGUAUUCAAAUGAAGUGAUGAGUAUGGACAACCAUUCACUCGUUACAAGAGACUGCAGAGACCUGCGAGUAGAAUGCAUAUUUCUUAAUGGAAGCUUUGUAGAAGAGAUCUGUGUGGAUUAUAAAAUGACUGAGAAAAUGAAGAAUCCUGCUCCUGAUGAUUCACCAACACCACAGAACCUCAGCAUCUAUGUAUGGGUCGGUGGGAUAGUGCUCGUGAUGGGGAUGUUUUGUUGCUGUUACAUUUGUAAAAAGAAGCAGUACAGUGCACCUGCAGUUUCUGUCUUUUUAAGAUACCUUAAGACUUGCCCUUGUCUCAGAGAGGGGAUUUCCCAGGCAGAGAGGGGAGAGACAGAAGAAACUAGACACCCUGGAGGACGUGAAGUCCAAAAGGUCACAGCUGAUGAUUUGGACACAGCACAAUCCAACAUUGUUAACAGGCUAAGUGAAAUAUCUGAUUCGUAUCCACGUGGAAGUGAUGAAAAUGAUAUCAAGCAAGAUGACAAACUUGGAAGUGUGCAGAGUAUUGAUCCCAAGGCUGAUGGCAAGACUCCUCAAUCCUUUAGUCUGGACUGCAACUUAAGCAAUGAGGGACUGAAGCCCGAUAAAACCGGAGACAUAAGUGCCCCUGACAAAACCUCUGAUCAUCGAGCCAUGAACAGGAGCUUGAGAGAUGAUCCAGGAGGAGUGGUUGAAAACAAAGAAAAAUACAUUGUUUGGAUCAGGGAAAAGCACAAUGGAUGGACUCCUAAUGAUCGUGGUCCUGAAGAUCAUGGGAAUGAAGGGCAACUGCUGCUGUUGAAUGAGGGAGCUGCCAUCCAACAUUUUGACAUGACAGGUGAAGCCGUAGCUUUGGUGAACAGGCGCGGUUUAGACCCAGACCAGGUCAGCAGGUGCUCUGCACCAAAAUUGCAUUGUUUUCUGCAGGACACUGACGUGGAGUCAACACCCAACAUGAAGAAUUAUACAUAAAUGUAAUAAUAAUAAUAAUAAUAAGAAUAAUAAUAAGAAUAAUAAUAACAGUCUAUGUUAUACAGUAUAUACAAUAUAAAGUAUUUUCACAGUCAGGCUAUGUGGUACAUUUACUGGCAGCUCCUUUUGGAACAAGUUGUUUAUGUAAUAAUUUUCAUCACAUGAUGCUUUGCGCUCUCUCACAAUGUAAGAAGAUAUAUUCUCUGCAAGCCCUAAGUGCUGUUAUUACAAACAUUUUAAAUCAUUUUGAUGACAUAAGUUUUUUUCACAGAAAAAUGAGAGAAUCCAGGUGGAAACUGGUGUUGUCUAUGUGUCUCUUUAAGUCUAUUCAUUGAUAUAUGCUCAGUCAAUCAGAUAACAUAAUAAUUUGGGUAAUUGCAUUUAGAUAAACAUUAGUUAUUACAAAACAAAAUGCCUGGGUGGUUUGUUACUGAGCAUAUUAAGUGCAUGACUUGACAAAAGGAGGGGUGGACUGAAAACAUGUCAGAAAAGGUACCACAUACACAGCUUUGAGACAACUUAAUAUCAAUGUACUUAUACAAACAAGUAUGUUGUAUUAUAUAAAUACAUAUAUAUAUAAACUAAACAUAUAUAUUAUAUCAAAUAUUUUAUAUUAUAUUAUACCUCAUUAAAUGUGUAAUUUAAAUGAGAUAAUGCAUAACAUAAAUGCAAACACAUGAUACCGUAUGUUUUUUCUAUUGGAGUUGUAAGCUCUUAAUUAUCCAAUCAGUUAAGUAAGCCUGCCUUUGCUUCAUCAUUGCUACAUAAUCAACGAGCAACAUGUUUAUUUUUAUCGCCAUUUACAUUUGCAAAUUCAAAGAUCAUAUAAUUCAGUAUAUAUCUUUUUUCUGCUUUUAAGUACUCAGUUGCAUUGCUUUUGAUUGUAAAUUGAUCAAAUUGAAUAUAUAUUAUAUUAAAUACAGUAAGUAUAUUGAAAAUUAUGAAUUCUUGUAAUGAGUUUUAAAUAAAUUGUUACUUCCA